CUAACCGCAACCUUUCUGUUAUGUAAUAGUCAGAGCAGAGCCAGGACGGGAUCGUCCAAGACAUACCUUCUACUCAGUACCUGCUCGUUCCAGUUCUCGGAGCUUCAUCGCCGGUGUUUCUUUCUCGCCACCUCAGAUCUCUCACGUUGAUCACACCCCGGCACAAUCUCUUUUCAUCUGCCGCACUGCUUCUUCUUCUGCUCACAAUCCCAAGCUUCGCGCAACGAAAAUCAAGCUUCUAUCACUGGAAACCAUGGCAUCCUCAUCCUCUUGCUCGACUGUUUGUGCCUCCAUGGCCAAGAUCAUCAAACAAAACAACGAUGGAAUCCGACGAUUGGAAACCCAAGAUUACUCCAAGGCUGCGGCUCUCUUGUCUUCCUCCGUGUCCGAUCUCAAGCUGCUCUUGGCGGAAUGCGACGCCGAGGCAAGUGCCGAUGCAGCUGUAAGCCGUCCUUGCUACGAACUCGUCUUUUCCUUUGUUCUGGAAUCGGCUACGGCCAUUGCCGGUGGUGGUUCCGACAAUGAUAAUAAUAGCGUUGUUGAUUCCACCGACGGGUUCAUCUUUGAAGCUCCCAUCAAGGUCUCUCGUGUCCGACGCGAUGGCACUGCAGAAGAAGAAGACAGUAUCACCGAGAUGCUCAAGCGCUUGUCUUUUUCCGUCGUGUACAAUUUGGCCGUGUCGUUUCACAUGAGUGCCAUUCGGUCGGCGUCGUUGACCAACAAGAAGCUCUCGCAACGACUGCGCAAAGCUCUGGCGUUUUACAAGAUGGCCUUGGAUCUGGCACGUCAAUACGACAUUGCCGUCGGAUCCAUGGAGGCAUUGGCCAUUGCCAAUAAUCAGGCGCACAUUCAUCGUCUCUUGAACGAGACGCAAGACGCCGAAAGGUGCCGUGCGCUCAUGCUGUCCAAUAUCAUGUACGCAUCGGAACACGGGAAUCCCACCAAGGAUAUCGUGCACUUUGAAAAGUUUGUCGCCAGUGCCACCGACGGCACGUCGAAUACCACUGCCAAGGCUGCGUGAAAUUAGAUGAAUCGAAUCAAUCAAAAGGAACGAGUUCUUGAUUGAUUGAUUCGUUUAGGAAUCUUGCUUGACUCUCCUUGCUACAAGUGUACCGCAUACACCGCAUACAAAUUUUGAACUACAUACAUAGUUACUACUUAGCUUAUUCUUUAUUAUUACC